AAUGUUGUUGAUCGUGACUCGUGCGUCAACUCGUCAAGAGGCAAGGUGGCUGCCUAAUUCCAAGCCCUUCCUCAGCCUCACUUUGUCUCAGCCUCUCACAUUCCCACGUAUUUCCAUGUUCUCAGCACAGUGUGGCGUGAACACUUGCUGCUAAGGAUGUCUGUCACCACUAAGAAGAAGCAUGUGGAGCGGGAACUGUAUGAAGACUUCAGCCUCCCUCAGGAACACCAGUCCAUUGUCAGGGUUUUGAAACCAUGUGGAAAUAAUCUUCAUCAGGUGACAACACCUGAGGGAGAGGUGUUUCUGGCCUCCAUGCCCCACAAAUUCCGCAAACACGUGUGGAUCAAGCGUGGCAACUAUGUUGUGACGGAACCCAUACCAGAAGGAAACAAGGUGCGGGCAGAAAUUGUUCGCAUCCUGAUGAAGGACCACAUUCGACACAUCAGGGCCAACAGCAUGUGGCCUGCAGCCUUCUCGGAGCUGUGUGAGGAGGAGAGGGACAAGCUUUGUAUUGCUCCCCAAGACAUCAGAGUCAGCAAAGACAGUCUCAGUGGUUCUGACAGUGAUGACUUGAUGGAAAACCCAAACCGACCCAAAGUAUCAUAUCCCGACGACUCUGAGAGUGAUUCCAAUAGUGACAGUGAAGACAAUGAGUGUGAUGGCAGUGAAGACAGUGAGUGUGAUAGCAAUGCAGGUAGUGAUUGUGAGACCAGCAGAGACAGUGACAAAGUGGAAAAAUGAAUUAGGAAAAUAAAGUAGACUAAAGAGUA